CUGGGGUCUCUCCGGUAGCUGUUGGAGGACCAGACGAAAGCAAGUGCCAUGUUGAGUUGCAAACCGCAAACAACAACGUCACAGCAACCGCAACGACCCCCGCGAAAGCCCUGCGCUCCCAAUUGACAUCGACCACGUCCGGAUAGACGCGAUACACGGCGACAGACCACGAUUGAUAGACGCGCGAGCACGAAGGACGACUAAUUGACACAUUUAUCACCCAUAUAAACUCGAGAAUGUCGGCCAAGUACGCAUUUACGCAGAGCCUCAAGGAAGUGCGCUUCCUCUUCUGCCAGACCGCCGACCACAGCGCAGGAGUCAGGUCGUUCCUCAUGAGGGCAUACCCGACCAUGAAGAAGAACAACCCGACCACCCCCAUCCUUAUCCGCGAGGCCGCCGGCACCAUCCCCAAGGUCUACGCGAGGUACGACCUUGGCGUCGAGAAGAGCCAGUCAUUAGAAGGACUUUCAGACAAGCAAAUUGAGGAUGCAGUUACGGGGCUUGUCAAGCAGGGACAGUAAGAAAAAGAAAGAGGGACGGAUGUAGAGUUGGGCCUACGAUCAACCAUCAACUAGAGACAGGCAAGGGUGAUGAGCGUGGUCCGCGACGGGAGAAGGAAUGCCGCUUUGUACAUACAGCCUGCGACAGCAUACCGAAGCUCCAGGCUCUCGUACUUUUGGGUGGAAAAUCUUAGAAGGGGGAGGCCUGUUACCCACCUGUAUAAAACGAACUCAGGCAUUGUUUUUUUGAUGGCUCUUUUGCUUUGCUGGGUGUGGUACUAUCGUUGAAAGUAAAGAUUAGCGUUCACGGUAUGCGCCAAGGGCUGCAAAGAGGUUUGAUUAAAGUGACUCGGCUGAUUCAUACCCAUACAUUCAUUCAUCUCUCAAUCGUGACUUCAUUCCUUCAUAUAUCACCAACAUUUCCUGCAAAAUCCCAAAGAUUAAUCUCCAUUCUUCAUUCUCUCUCUCUCAUGUCGCCUAUUUAGUUGGCACUGCUCAUAGCACGGG